UGGGAAAACUUAUCGGCUGUGACUGAAGGAUGGUGGCUGGGAUACCGUCGAGGAAUGGCCCGGCCCUUCUACUCUGCACCGGGGAAGCUGCCUCCCGCCUUCCCUCCGUUGCCCGGCCAGGUGGUACCGCCGCCGCCGCACGUGCUAACGGGGCCGCGGCCACCAGCGCCGCCGCCUGGCUUCCAUAGCGACAAGCCGUGGAUGACCCCGCAGCUGGUGGCCGAGAUCCGGCGGCGUAACCAGGUGCAGGCGCGCGCCGCCCGCUCAGGCGCCGAGGCGGACCGUGCCGCCGCCGAGCACCACCGCCAGCUGGUCAACCGGCUGGUCGGCGACGCCAAGGAGCGCUUCUGCCUGGCCCACCCGGAGCGUACUGACGAGAUACUGAGCUCGGACCGGCGGGCGCGGCCCUUCCACUGCGGCUCGUGCGACCGCAGCUACGGCAGCCAGCAGCAGCUGGACGAGCACUGUCGCGAGCACGUGCGCUGCGGUCUCGAGGGCUGCCCGUUCACGGCGCACCCACGCGUCGUCGAGAAGCACGUGACCAUGCAGCACCAGACCGGGCUGGCCAAGGUAAUCAUGUCGCUCAAUACGCCCGAAGCGGUGGCGCGCUGGCGCGAGCAGCGGCGCGCCAAUUUCUGCCGGCCGGAGUCGGCCGCGCGCCGCCAGCAGGAGCGCGCCGCCACCGAACGGCCGCCGCGGCCGCAGCACCAGCAGCCGCCCAAGAAGCGGCGCAAACGGCUGACCCUGCUGGAGAAGCUGCUGGCGCCCGACAUCGAGCGCGAGCGCAACAUAAUCCUGCAGUGCGUGCGCCACAUCAUCCACGAGAACUUCUUCGACGGUCGGUCCGCUGACAGGCCGGCGCGCUGCCACCUCGGCAGGUCCGGAGGCCAGCGGUCCGAACCGGGCAGCGACGACCGCUGCGGCCCCCGAGGCGUCUCAGGGGCUGCCGCCGGCGGCGGCGGCGGCGCUGGGCGGAUGCGCCGAGCCUGCGGCGGGGGCUGCUGACGCGCCGCCAGAGCCGCCAGAACAGCCAGAGCAGCCGGCCGCCCUGGGGCUGCUCGGCGGAGCGUACGACUCGGACGCCAUCACCGACUCGGACUGAGCGGCACCGCCGGUGAGCCGAAGGGCCGGGACGGAGCCAUCUGGAGCGGUCUGGAGGCGUCUCAUUCCACUGUGCCAGGGAGGCGGAGGGGCCGAUGCUCCACCGCCAGGGACCUGUGACGUGUAUGUGAGGGACGUUGGUUGUAAGUCUGUUGAAGACGGAACAGGUGCUGGUCCUGUGCUGACAUGCCUUUUGAAAUACACGUCUGCGUCUUCAG